AUGUCCAGCAACGCCAGGGCUUUCAGUGAGACUCCGGAGGUCAACGCAGUGGUCAUUUUGCAGGGCAUUCUGCGGGAGUUCUUCGACCUGGACCUGGCCAGCGCCUUCGGCCACGCCUUUUGGGAGAUCCUCCAGGGCAGCGGUCAGCGCGCGGCCUGGAACGAGGUGGAGGCCGUGCUCAACGGCAAGUACGAGGAGUUGAUGGACGCCUGUCUCCUGGACAAGGCCAUGUGGGAAGCCACCGAGACCUGCGCUUUGGACCAGGAGUCCUUGCGGAACAAGGUCUACAAGGCGCUGAAGAGCGGGCACCAGGCCGCCUACGACGCAGCCAUGAGUUCUCCGAUGGACGACGUGGGCCGGGUGGAGCUUUUUCUGAGGACCUGGAUCGAGACGAUGGUCGGCAAGGCCUGGCAAGCGGUGGAGCAGGGCAACCUCCUGAACGAGGACAGCCUGGUCAUGCUCUUUCAAGAGCUCCUGGCGCCUUUCGGUGAGGAGCACCCGUUCUCCUGCGUGCCUGCGGUGCUGACGCAGAGCAUCGGCCGGCCCCCAAGGGACUGGGAGUUCCUCCCGGAGGCGGUGAGGCAGUUCUUCCAGAACUGGAACAGCGGCGGGAAUGCCGGAGGGAAUACCGGCGGCUACGGCGGGAAUGCUUCGCAUGCCGGCGCGUACGGAGGCCGCAAGCGCUAUGCGCAGCCCAACGGCAACGGAGCGGUCGCCAUGGCUCUUCCACUGGUCGUGGAUGCCUUCUGCACGCUGGAAGCCAACAGCAAGGUGAAGGCGCCCAUGCGGCACGUCCUCAUCCGCGACCUGGGGAAGGUGGCCGUGGCUUUGAAGCAGCCGCCGCUGGAGGAGCCUUCGGCGCUGCUGGUGCUGGUGGACGGCGAUCCCUCGGCCAGCGACUUUUGCGCCAGGCAGAUGCACACGCGGCUGCUGAAGCGCCUGGCGGCCAGGGCCAAGCCGAGCGCCGCGCUGGGCGGGGCCAUUCUCGACCUGGAUGCGGAGCUUCGGAGCCAGCGCCCGGGCAUGCCCGGAACCAGCUGUUGUGCGGCCCUCUUUGUGGGGCGCCAGCUCCACGUGGUGGUGGCCGGCAACUGUGCAGGCAUGCUCUGGGGUGAGGGUCUGGCAGCGGCCGCCACUGCCACCUCCAGCGCCAGCGAGAUCGGUAAGGAUGGGGUGAUGCGGCGCAGCGGCAAGGAGACGCCGCAGCAGAAGCGCGCCAAGGCCCUGCUGAAGCUCCGGGCGGCUCGGCCCACGGAGCAGAUCGGCGGUUCGGUGGCGCUGCCGGGCGGCCGGCGCCCGGGGGCGCAGGCGGUGCAGAGCGCCGGCGCCGGCGCCGUGAAGGCGCAGAACGCCCGCAGCGCCGGGGCGGGCGGCGAGGCGGCGCUGCGGGCGGAGGACCUUCUCCUGGAGGCGCGGCAGGGUCAUCGUUUCUCCGACCGCAUCAGCUGGGGUUGCGAGCACUCGCUGCUGGUGCUGAGCUCUGCGGGGCUGUUCGCCAGCUUCAGCCCGCAGGACUCGGAGCUCUCAGCUUAG